GAGGUCCGUGCGUGAGAAUUUAGUCAGGAGACCUGAAUUAGGGCGGAGUCUCCCACCUCCACCACGCCACGCCGCCCUUCGAGCUCGUUGUUGUCGACGGUCCCGGGAGCAGCAGCGCGUUGACGUUGAGCUAUGUCGAAUAAAAUAGUGCCCGCCAUCUACCGUGCCGUCAUCGACGAUGUGAUUGCGAGCAUAAAACCCGAGUUUGACGAAUACGGCGUCUCCGAAGACGUUCUCCAUGAUCUCCAGGACAGAUGGGAGAAGAAGGUCAUCGCUUCACAUGUCGCCGAGUUCGACAACCAGGCUGCUCCUGCGCCUACGGCAAAUCCCCAUCCAACCCAUCCAGCUUAUCCUCCACACCCGAUGCAUGCGCACCCCCAUGCUCCAGGUGUACCUAGCCCUUACCCGCCCCCGCCGAGUGCUUACCAGCACCCGCAUGUACCACCACCACCGGCCGGUCCACAGGUCAAGGCCGAACCCGUCGACACGAGGUACAUGCUGAGCCAGGGCAUGGCUCAUCAUUCCCCCUACGCGAUGGCCCCCUUGCCAGGCCCGCAGAUUCCGGGUGCACGUCCGCCCAACGGCCUGACAUACCCGACGCACCCGCCACCGCCCCCGACGGCGAGGUACCCGCCCGCAGCGCAGCAUCAGCAGCCUCCGCAGACGCGCAUACCGCAGGUUGAUGGACCGUCUUCGCUGCCAAGGGUUCCUCAGCUUGACGGUCCGUCCUCAUCGUCGUCGGAGUCGUCGUCUCCCCCGCCAAGCCAAGGCUACGCACCGCGGUCCCUGCAUCCAUCGCUUCCGCAGCCCACCCAGAGUACUUCGCAGCCGGAUAAUGACGAGGCCAUCAACAGCGAUCUCGAUGACUCUGAUUCUGACAACGAAGAAGUGAACGAGAUGGCGAGCUCGGCGGAGCAAGACAUCGUGUUUUGCACAUAUGACAAGGUUGCGCGUGUGAAAAACAAGUGGAAGUGCAUCCUCAAGGACGGGAUGAUCCACAUCAAUGGGAAGGACUACCUCUUCGCGAAGUGCACAGGGGAAUUCGAGUGGUAGUGGCCAACCUCCCGGCUCCUACCCCUCCUCGUGGAUCCGAAGGGCUUCUGCGCCUUCGUCGCUGUCAUGUCGUUUUGCUGCGGACCUUUCCUCCUCUGGUUAUCUUUCCACACCACGUCUCACGUCCUGUCUCACCCUGAGGCCUGCUACAAGUGUCAUGUCUCGCGGUCAUCUAUCUGUGUGCCCCAUCCGCGCUAUCCGUCCACCCUCGUAAUCGCUCGCAUGUCCUCAUCUGCUGUUUCAUAUAUUGACCAUCGUCAGAAAAUCAUUGCAUAGGAAUCCCAUCGCGUCCCCAUUGUCCAUUAUACAACGUACAGAAAGACAC